AUCGUCGAUCAGCAAAAAGAAAAGGAAAAAAAAACCCGGCGAGACUCGGAUCUUCCUCAGCUAUCUCUCUCCCCGAGGCUUCAAUGUCUUAUGAUUUAGUAAAACCCUAAUUUCAGAAAGCGAGAAAGAAAUGAAGUCUGGAAGUGCUGCCAUUGUGGAUGCGUUGCUGCAGCGGUUUCUUCCUCUCGCUCGGCGCCGCAUUGAAACGGCUCAGGCUCAGGAUGGACAGUAUCUUCGACCUUCUGACCCUGCUUAUGAGCAAGUAUUAGGUUCCUUGGCUAUGGUUGCACGUCAUACUCCUGUUCCUCUUCUAGAGGCUCUUCUAAGAUGGCGAGAAAGUGAAUCUCCAAAGGGUGCAAAUGAUGCAUCUACAUUCCAAAGAAAGCUUGCUGUGGAGUGCAUAUUUUGCUCAGCUUGUAUUCGCUUUGUUGAGUGCUGUCCACAAGAGGGACUUACUGAGAAGCUUUGGUCUGGUCUUGAAAAUUUUGUUUUUGAUUGGCUAAUUAAUGCCGAUAGGGUUGUUAGCCAAGUUGAGUAUCCCUCACUAGUUGAUUUGCGGAGUCUCCUUCUUGACUUAGUUGCUCAACUCCUAGGCGCUUUAUCUCGGAUCAGAUUUAGUUCUGUAACUGAGCGUUUUUUCAUGGAAUUGAAUUCUCGUCGGAUAGACAGCAAUGUUGUCAGAAGUGAAACACUUAGUAUCAUAAAUGGGAUGCGCUACCUGAAGCUAGGGGUCAAGACUGAGGGAGGAUUGAAUGCAUCAGCCUCCUUUGUGGCAAAAGCAAACCCUUUUAUUCGUGCUCCACAUAAACGAAAAAGUGAGCUUCACCAUGCACUUUGCAACAUGCUUUUCAACAUCCUAGCACCACUUGCAGAUGGCGAGAAAAACCAAUGGCCUCCAACUGGUGUAGAACCUGCACUCACUCUGUGGUAUGAAGCUGUUGGACGAAUCAGAGUGAAUCUCAUGCAUUGGAUGGACAAACAGAGCAAGCAUAUAGCUGUUGGUUAUCCUUUGGCGACUCUUCUACUGUGUCUCGGUGAUCCUCAAAUAUUCCACAACAACUUAAGCUUGCACAUGGAGCAACUCUAUAAGUUUCUACGAGACAAGAAUCAUCGUUUCAUGGCUUUGGACUGUCUCCAUAGAGUUUUGAGAUUCUACUUGAGUGUCCAUGCAGCUAAUCAGCCACCAAAUCGCAUAUGGGAUUACCUUGAUAGUGUAACUUCUCAACUUUUAACAAUUUUGAGGAAAGGAAUGCUAACGCAGGAUGUACAACAUGAUAAACUUGUGGAAUUCUGUGUGACUAUAGCAGAACAUAACCUUGAUUUUGCCAUGAACCAUAUGAUCUUAGAAUUGCUGAAGCAAGAUAGCACUAGUGAAGCAAAAGUUAUCGGUUUACGUGCUUUGCUUGCCAUUGUUAUGUCACCUUCAAGCCAGCAGAUUGGCUUGGAAAUAUUUAAAGGUCAGGAGAUUGGCCAUUACAUGCCAAAAGUAAAAUCUGCAAUUGAGUCAAUUUUAAGGUCUUGCCAUAGGACAUACAGCCAGGCUCUUCUGACUUCUUCAAGAACCGCAAUAGAUGCUGUAACUAAGGAAAAGUCCCAAGGAUAUUUGUUCCGGUCAGUGCUAAAGUGCAUACCUUACCUGAUUGAAGAAGUUGGUCGAAUUGAUAAGAUAACUGAAAUAAUACCUCAACAUGGGAUAAGCAUUGAUCCCGGUGUUCGUGAGGAAGCUGUUCAGGUACUGAACCGGAUUGUAAGGUAUCUUACCCGUCGUCGCUUUGCAGUUAUGAGAGGGAUGGCCAACUUCAUCCUCCGACUACCUGAUGAGUUCCCCCUUUUGAUUCAAACAUCAUUGGUGCGACUGUUAGAACUUAUGCGUUUUUGGAGAGCUUGUCUGAUUGAUGAUAAACUGGAAGAAGGUGCAAAGCAGAUGCUGCAGCAAAAUAGUAGAUUCAAGAGCACUUCUUUCCAUCAACCAGUGGAAGCUAUUGAGUUUCGCGCAUCAGAGAUAGAUGCAGUUGGUCUCAUCUUUCUUAGCUCUGUGGACAGUCAGAUCCGUCACACAGCAUUGGAGUUAUUACGCUGUGUACGUGCCUUGAGGAAUGACAUACGAGACCUUACACUUCAUGAGCAACCAGAUCAUGAUAUAAGAUAUGAAGCUGAACCUAUAUUUAUAAUUGAUGUGCUGGAAGAACACGGGGAUGACAUAGUUCAGAGUUGUUACUGGGACUCUGGUCGUCUGUUUGAUUACAAGCGAGAAUCUGAUGCAAUUCCUCCUGAGGUGACUCUUCAAUCUAUAAUAUUUGAGAGUCCUGAUAAGAACAGGUGGGCAAGGUGUCUCAGUGAACUCGUCAAAUAUGCUGCUAAACUUUGCCCAAGCUCAGUUCAAGAUGCUAAGGUAGAGGUUUUGCAUCGUCUUGCUCAUAUUACCCCUGCUGAGUUAGGUGGAAAAGCUCAUCAGUCGCAAGAUGUAGAUAACAAACAGGAUCAGUGGCUAAUGUAUGCAAUGUUCGUAUGUUCUUGCCCACCAGAUAGUAGGGAAGCUGGAAGCAUAGCUGCAACAAGAGAACUUUACCAUCUUAUUUUCCCCUCUCUGAAAUCUGGAUCAGAAGCACACAUACAUGCUGCCACCAUGGCUCUUGGGCACUCGCAUCUGGAAUCUUGUGAGAUAAUGUUUAGUGAGCUUACAUCUUUUGUUGAGGAGGCUUUUGAAACAGAGGGAAAACCAAAGUGGAAGAGUCAAAAACAGACACGCCGUGAAGAUCUUCGAGUGCAUAUUGCCAAUAUUUAUCGCAAAGUGGCUGAGAGCAUCUGGCCAGGAUUCUUGGGCCGGAAGCCUGUAUUUCGUCGCCAUUAUUUGAAGUUUAUUGAGGACACUCCUAAACAGAUUGCACUAGCAUCGGCUGAUAGCUUUCAAGAAUCACAAGCACUCCGUUAUGCACUUGCUUCAGUUUUAAGAUCUCUGGCCCCUGAAUUUGUGGAUUCAAAAUCAGAGCGAUUUGAUAUUAGACAUAGGAAGAAACUAUUUGAUCUUCUUUUAUCCUGGUGCGAUGACACUGGAAGUACUUGGGGACUGGAUAGUGUUAAUGACUAUCGACGUGAAGUUGAACGAUAUAAGACUUCACAACACAGGUCAAAAGAUUCUGGGGACAAAAUUUCAUUUGAUAGAGAAUUGAGUGAACAAAUUGAGGCCAUCCACUGGGUCUCUAUGACUGCUAUGGCUUCACUUUUGUAUGGGCCUUGUUUCGACGACAAUGCAAGAAAAAUGAGUGGCAGGGUUAUAUUUUGGAUUAAUAGUUUGUUCAAUGAGCCUGCACCCAAGGCCCCAUAUGGUUAUUCACCAGUUGACCCAAGAACUCCGUCUUAUUCCAAAUACACAGGAGAAGGACGUGGAGCCACUGGCCGUGAUAGGCAUAAAGGUGGUCAUCAUCGUGUUGCCUUAGCAAAAUUAGCGUUGAAAAAUCUUCUUAUUACAAAUUUGGAUUUGUUUCCUGCUUGCAUUGAUCAGUGCUAUUACUCUGACCCUGCUAUAGCCGAUGGUUACUUCAGUGUACUGGCUGAGGUCUACAUGAGACAAGAGAUACCAAAAUGUGAAAUUCAGAGGCUUUUGAGCCUGAUCCUCUACAAGGUAGUGGACCCAUCUAGGCAAAUCCGUGAUGAUGCCCUUCGGAUGCUUGAGACACUCUCUAUCCGUGAAUGGGCUGAAGAUGGCACUGAAGGCUCAGGUAGCUAUCGAGCUGCUGUUGUUGGUAAUCUCCCUGACUCCUACCAACAGUUCCAGUACAAGCUCUCAUGCAAACUAGCCAAAGAUCAUCCUGAGUUGAGCAAGCUCCUCUGUGAAGAGAUCAUGCAGAGACAACUCGAUGCCGUUGAUAUAAUUGCUCAGCACCAGGUGUUAACCUGUAUGGCUCCGUGGAUUGAAAACCUGAACUUUUGGAAACUGAAGGACUCAGGUUGGGGUGGAAGAUUACUAAAAAGUCUUUAUUAUGUGACGUGGAGGCAUGCAGAUCAAUUUCCUGAUGAAAUCGAGAAACUUUGGAGCACAAUAGCCAGCAAGCCUCGGAACAUUAGUCCUGUUUUAGAUUUCUUGAUUACAAAAGGAAUUGAGGACUGUGAUUCAAAUGCAUCUGCUGAAAUAAGUGGUGCUUUUGCCACAUAUUUCUCAGUUGCCAAGAGAGUAAGUCUGUAUCUAGCACGUAUUUGCCCGCAACGCACAAUUGAUCACCUUGUUUAUCAGCUGUCCCAGAGGAUGCUGGAAGAUAACAUUGAACCAAUUGGGCCUAGUACAAACAGGGCCGAUGCCAAUGGGAAUUUUAUUUUGGAAUUCUCUCGGGGGCCUGCAGCCACUCAGAUUGCAUCUGUUGCAGACAGCCAGCCACAUAUGUCACCAUUACUUGUCCGGGGUUCACUUGAUGGUCCAUUGAGAAAUACCAGUGGAAGCCUGAGUUGGCGGACGGCUGGUGUUACAGGGCGAAGUACCUCAGGUCCACUAAGUCCCGUGCCUCCAGAAUUGAACAUUGUUCCUGUAACUGCAGGCAGAUCAGGCCAGCUCCUUCCAGCUUUAGUAAACAUGUCAGGUCCUUUAAUGGGUGUUCGAAGUUCCACAGGAAGCUUACGGAGCCGCCAUGUUUCCCGUGACAGUGGAGACUACUUAAUUGACACUCCAAAUUCUGGUGAAGAUAUCUUACAUUCUGGGGUUGGUAAGCAUGGUAUCAAUGCUAAAGAACUUCAUUCAGCUUUGCAAGGGCACCAGCAGCACUCACUCACUCAUGCGGAUAUAGCGUUGAUUCUACUUGCUGAAAUUGCAUAUGAGAAUGAUGAAGACUUCCGUGAACACUUACCUCUGCUCUUUCACGUCACAUUUGUUUCAAUGGAUAGCUCUGAGGAUAUCGUGUUGGAGCACUGCCAGCAUUUGCUUGUUAAUCUACUAUACUCGCUUGCUGGUCGGCACUUGGAGCUGUACGAGGUAGAAAACAGUGAUGGAGAGAACAAGCAACAGGUUGUUAGUCUGAUCAAGUAUGUUCAGUCAAAGCGAGGAAGCAUGAUGUGGGAGAAUGAGGACCCUACGGUUACAAGGACGGAGCUUCCUAGUGCUGCACUUCUUUCUGCCCUUGUUCAGAGUAUGGUGGAUGCAAUCUUCUUCCAAGGAGACCUUCGUGAAACUUGGGGUGUUGAGGCACUCAAAUGGGCUAUGGAGUGCACGUCAAGGCACCUUGCUUGUCGUUCCCACCAGAUCUAUCGUGCAUUGAGGCCUAGUGUUACAAGUGACACAUGUGUACUCCUUCGGUGCCUACAUAGAUGCCUGGGAAAUCCAAUUCCUCCUGUUCUUGGCUUCAUUAUGGAAAUUUUACUGACACUGCAAGUAAUGGUGGAGAACAUGGAGCCUGAAAAGGUGAUACUCUACCCUCAACUCUUUUGGGGUUGUGUGGCAAUGAUGCACACAGAUUUCAUUCAUAUAUACUGCCAGGUUCUUGAGCUUUUCUCGCGUGUGAUUGACCGCUUGUCAUUCCGGGACAGAACAAUUGAGAAUGUCAUCCUUUCCAGCAUGCCUCGGGAUGAGCUUGAUAAUGUUGAUGCUGGGGACUUUCAGCGGAUCGAAUCUAAGGGCAAUCUUCCCGCAUUUGAAGGAGUGCAGCCUCUUGUACUUAAAGGACUGAUGUCCACCGUUAGUCAUGGUGUAGCAAUUGAGGUCCUCUCUCGGAUCACAGUACACUCAUGUGACUCCAUUUUUGGGGAUCAUGAGACCAGACUACUUAUGCACAUUACAGGAUUGCUUCCCUGGCUUUGCUUACAGCUGAGCAAAGAUCCAUCAUUGGGUUCAGCUUCACCACUCCACCAACAGUACCAGAAAGCCUGCUCUGUAGCUGCCAAUAUCUCAAUAUGGUGUCAAGCUGAACUAUUGGAUGAUUUAGCUACCGUGUUCAUGGCUUACUCCAGGGGUGACAUCAAAAGCAUUGAGUAUCUUCUUGCCUGUGUAUCACCGUUGUUAUGCAAUGAAUGGUUCCCUAAGCACUCAGCUCUGGCAUUUGGACACUUGCUGCGGCUACUGGAGAGAGGUCCAACCGAGUAUCAACGUUUAAUAUUGCUCAUCCUUAAGGCAUUGCUCCAGCACACUCCCAUGGAUUCAGCUCAAAGCCCACAUAUGUACGCUAUUGUAUCCCAGCUAGUGGAGAGCUCAUUGUGUUGGGAGGCACUAAGCGUUUUAGAAGCUCUUCUGCAGAGCUGUAGUUCAUUGACUGGUACACAUGCACAUGAGUACGGGACAUUUGAAAACGGCUCAGAGGAGAAGACACUAGCUCCUCAAACCUCAUUUAAAGCUCGAAGCGGGCCGCUGCAGUAUGCUUUGGGAUCAGGGUUUGGAGUAGGUUCAACAUCAGUCAUGCAACCAUUCUCCACCGACUCAAGUAUGCCGCCUAGAGAGGUGGCCUUGCAAAACACCAGACUGAUCCUCGGACGGGUGCUCGAUAGCUGCGCCUUGGGGAGAAGAAGGGAAUAUAGAAGGCUGGUGCCUUUUGUGACCACAAUUGGAAACCCAUAAUCUGCAGGCUUGCAUAUGUAAUUUUGUAUUUUGUUACUCUUUUUUUCUUUUGCUGGUAAUAUUAAGUAGCUCAUCAGAAGAACUAGGAAAACUUGGGACUUGGCUUUGUAAAUAGGCCUCAUAAAUAACCUGUAAUUGCAGUUAGUGUUUUUAAUAUUUUAUUAGUGUAAGCAUCCCAAUCCAGGCCCCUUGAAGGCCAUGCCUUGUCUGACCAUUGUCAUUGAAGUUUUUUUUUUUAAUUAGUUGAUAUUUUUUAUUUAUUUUGAAAUAUAUUAUAAUUUAUA